AUGCUUUCUGGACUGCUCAUCUCGGCUCAGGGGGAAGAUGACGGUCGCGGACUACAAUCUCUCAUAAACAUUGCCGAUAUAUCUACGAUGGAGUUAUUACAUGCCAUGGUCCAAGCUUCGCGGACUAGCCCGAUCCCUCUGGUGAUCGGAGAUGGGCAGCUUUGCUGCAACCGAAUUCCGAAAGCAAGGUUCCUCAUCGACACAGAGCGAUACGAUAAUGAUCAUGGAGAAGGCGCGAUGCAGAAAGUGGUCACCAGGAUCCGGGAAGAGAGACGGCAGGCGGCCAAGGACCAUGGCCUAUUAUAG